AUGGCCGAAGCAUCGAAACCACCGCCGAAGAGGCGGAUGAGAGUACAGAAGUCAUGCACAGAAUGCCAAAGAAGGAAGCAAAAGUGCAUACUCCGGCGGCCAGACGACCCCUGCGUGAACUGCUCGAGGCGCUUCCCUCCGGUGGAGUGUACCAUCACGCAGGUCGAGUCGAUCCCGAAGUUGGCCUAUGAGGAUCAAGUCCUCACGUUUGAGCUGCCUUCCUUCUCUGUGGGGUCUGGCAAAGGACCCGACUUACCAUUCUUGAAUCACGACUCGAGUGAUACGCUUAGCAAAUCGGUAGCGAAGCGGUCUAGCAGUUCAGAUGGAUCAUGGCCAGAUUCGAGAAGAUCCUCGAACGGCCAGCAAGAUGGGCAAAAGGCCCUAGUCACCGCGAAGACUCGGUCCAACCUCUUCCUCGAUGGCCACGGCGACCCAUCGGCGUUGUCCCACAACAUCAUUGCGUCCGUCGGCGGCUUGCUCACGGAAGUCACCACCCUUAACGGAAUGCCACUGCCUCAGGGGCCCAGAACCACGGAACUGCUUCAUUUCUAUAUUCGAGUCGUCGCUCCUAAUAUGGUGUCAAUUGACGGUGAGAGCCAGCCUCCAGUCUUUCUCGCCGAGGUCCUGCCCUGGAUGCUCCAGUCUCCUUUGUUUCCCAACAUUGGGAUCCUCAUGUCUUCAAUGACUCAGUCGCUCGAGCAAGGGCUGGAGGUCACCAAGAACCCAGAGUCGCUCGCGAUCAAAGCUCGAGUCUUGUCAAUAAUCGCCGAAUACAUGGCACGACCUUUCGACGCGAUCGCUGUCGAAAUGGUCCGCACCGUUGUGAAUCUGGUGGUCAUGGAGUGGUUUUGGGGUGCCGAUGAAAGCAUGUUCGCGCACAUGAGAGGCAUCAAAAGAAUGAUCGGGCUGCGAAAUGGCAUGAGGGGCUUGAAGGACAUCGUUGGCGAGUCCAUCAUGAUUCUGACCGAUUAUGAGAUUGCGUGCUGCUUCGAGACGGAUCUCUAUUGGCAGGAGAACGACCCAGUCCGAGAUGAGGAAAUACCAAUCCCAACAGCGUGGCCCGACCGGUACGAUAGUCCACUGUUGGGGUCGUCGACGAGCUUUGAAAGCAUCGCGGAAAAGUUUGGAAUGUGUGUGGAAACGGCAAGAAUCCUCGACGACGUGCGUUUCCUCACGAUGUCUGUCACUUCGGUGGCGACAAUGCCGACGGGUGCUCCGAAGAUCCGAAGCACUGCGUCGUGGCUGUACGAUAAGCUACGAGGCAUGCCAGGUCUGCGGCCCACAGCGACCAGCUCAGAGGCGGACUGGAUGCGUGAGACGAUCAGGCUCGCGGCUCUGAUCUACAGCUGGGCGGUGAAGUCUCUCCGCCAAAUUUCAGAGUUUGACGAUCAGGAGGUGCUCGAGGACGCGUACACGGCAAUGAGAAGGGUGAGGCUCGUGACCUGGAAGAAGAUGCCGGGGGUUUUCUUGUGGAUCAUGUUGGUGGCGGCACCCAACGCGGGACCGGACGCCAAGGGCAGAUUUGUCCGGAGGAAAAUGGCCGUGACCGGGCUCUCGAUCGGGUUUGAGGACUUCGUGCUCGGGAUAUCGUAUCUGAAAUCAUUCUGGACCGUCCAGCAGUGGAUCGCCAAGGAGGGCGAUGCAGGAGUGCAGCGGCUUGAGGACAAGUGGUCGAAGCUGGAACUGGAGCAGCAACUGAGAAGGGAAACGGAGCCGGAGCCCAACAGAACGGAACGAUGUCGGUCAGGCUCUAGAGUUGGUAAGAGAGUUGGGUAG